UCCGCCGCCCGCGGGCCCGCGGCAGCAGCAGCAGGAGGAGGAGGAGGAGGAGGAGGAAGAGGAGGCGGCCUCGGCGGGUCGAGGAGCGGCUCCAUGGCGACCGCGGCGGCGGAGCCGGUGUACGGGCUCUCGGAGGACGAGGAGGAGUCUCGCAUCCUCAGGGUGAAGGUGGUGUCGGGCAUCGACCUGGCCAAAAAAGACAUCUUUGGAGCCAGCGACCCCUACGUGAAGCUCUCCCUGUAUGUGGCAGAUGAGAACAGAGAACUUGCUCUGGUGCAGACAAAAACCAUCAAAAAGACCCUGAACCCCAAAUGGAACGAAGAAUUUUAUUUUAGGGUCAACCCCACCAACCACCGGCUCCUCUUCGAGGUGUUCGAUGAGAACAGGCUGACCAGAGACGACUUCCUGGGCCAGGUGGAUGUGCCUCUCAGCCACCUCCCGACCGAAGACCCGACCAUGGAGCGACCCUACACGUUUAAGGAUUUCCUCCUCAGGCCCAGAAGCCACAAGUCGCGCGUGAAGGGUUUCCUGCGGCUGAAGAUGGCCUACAUGCCCAAAAACGGGGGCCAGGAGGAGGAGAACGGCGACCAGAGGGACGACUCCGAGCACGGCUGGGACGUGGUGGAUCCCGGCGACCCCGCGGCCCAGCGGCAGGAGGAGCUGCCGCCCCCGCCGCUGCCCCCGGGCUGGGAGGAGAAGGUGGACAACCUGGGCAGGACCUACUACGUCAACCACAACAACAGGAGCACCCAGUGGCACCGGCCCAGCCUCAUCGACGUGGGCUCGGACUCCGAGAACAACAUCCGGCAGAUCAACCAGGAGGCCGCUCACCGGCGGUUCCGCUCGCGGCGCCACAUCAGCGAGGACCUGGAGCCGGAGCCGGCGGAGAGCGGGGACGUCCCUGAGCCCUGGGAAACCAUCUCCGAGGAGGCGAGUGCCGGCGGGGAUUCCUUGAGCCUGGCGCUGCCGCCCCCUCCCGCGUCGCCGGUGUCGCGGAGCAGCCCCCAGGAGCUGUCGGAGGAGCUGAGCAGGAGGCUCCAGGUCGACGCCAACGGGGAGCAACUCGGCUCUUUGGUUCAAAGAGAACCCUCCUCCAGGCUGAGGUCGUGCAGCGUCACGGACGCGGUGGCCGAGCAGUCUCAGUUAGCCCUGCAGCCCUCCGUGGCCUACGUGCACACCACCCCCGGGCUGCCCUCGGGCUGGGAGGAGCGCAAGGACGCCAAGGGCAGGACCUACUACGUCAACCACAACAACCGCACCACGACGUGGACGCGGCCCAUCGUGCAGCUCGCCGAGGACGGGCUGGUGGCCCCGGGCAGCAGCAGCAGCAGCAACCACCUGAGCGAGCCGCAGAUCCGGCGGCCCCGCAGCCUCAGCUCCCCCACCGUCACCCUGUCGGCCCCGCUGGAGGGCAUGAAGGACUCGCCGGUGCGCCGGGCGGUGAAGGACACCCUGUCCAACCCCCAGAGCCCGCAGCCGUCCCCCUACAACUCCCCCAAGCCCCAGCACAAGGGGGCCCAGAGCUUCCUGCCCCCGGGCUGGGAGAUGCGCAUCGCGCCCAACGGCCGCCCCUUCUUCAUCGACCACAACACCAAGACCACCACCUGGGAGGACCCGCGGCUGAAGUUCCCGGUGCACCUGAGAUCCAAAGCGUCCCUGAACCCCAACGACCUGGGCCCUCUGCCUCCCGGCUGGGAGGAACGAAUCCACCUGGACGGGAGGACCUUCUACAUCGACCACAGAAGCCAGGUGUUGGUUUGUGGAGACAUUGAGCCCAGAGACUUAGUGCCCUCCUACGAUAAUAAAAUCACCCAGUGGGAGGACCCCAGGCUGCAGAACCCGGCCAUCACUGGCCCAGCCGUCCCCUACUCCCGGGAGUUCAAGCAGAAAUACGACUAUUUCCGGAAGAAGCUGAAGAAACCCGCCGACAUCCCCAACAGGUUUGAGAUGAAGCUGCACCGCAACAACAUUUUUGAGGAGUCCUACCGGCGGAUCAUGUCGGUGAAGAGACCCGACGUCCUCAAAGCCCGGCUCUGGAUCGAGUUCGAGUCAGAAAAAGGACUUGACUACGGGGGUGUGGCCAGAGAGUGGUUUUUUCUCUUGUCCAAGGAGAUGUUUAACCCUUACUACGGCCUCUUUGAGUACUCAGCCACGGACAACUACACACUUCAGAUUAAUCCUAAUUCAGGUCUCUGUAACGAAGACCACCUGUCCUACUUCACCUUCAUCGGCCGCGUGGCCGGGCUGGCCGUGUACCACGGGAAGCUGCUGGACGGCUUCUUCAUCAGACCUUUCUACAAGAUGAUGCUGGGCAAGCCCAUCACUCUGAAGGACAUGGAAUCAGUGGACAGCGAAUAUUACAACUCCCUGAAGUGGAUCCUGGAGAACGACCCCACCGAGCUGGAUCUCAUGUUCUGCAUCGAUGAGGAGAACUUUGGGCAGACAUACCAAGUGGACCUGAAGCCCAACGGCUCCGAAAUCAUGGUGACCAACGAGAACAAGAGGGAGUACAUCGACCUGGUCAUCCAGUGGAGGUUUGUCAACAGGGUGCAGAAGCAAAUGAAUGCCUUCCUGGAGGGGUUCACAGAGCUGCUUCCCAUCGACCUGAUUAAGAUUUUUGAUGAGAAUGAGCUGGAGCUCCUGAUGUGCGGCCUCGGCGACGUCGACGUCAACGACUGGCGCCAGCACACCAUCUACAAGAACGGCUACUGCCCCAACCACCCCGUCAUCCAGUGGUUCUGGAAGGCCGUGCUGCUGAUGGACGCCGAGAAGCGGAUCCGGCUGCUGCAGUUCGUCACCGGGACGUCUCGAGUGCCUAUGAACGGAUUUGCUGAACUUUACGGUUCAAAUGGUCCUCAGCUGUUUACAAUAGAGCAGUGGGGGAGUCCCGACAAGCUGCCCCGAGCUCACACCUGCUUUAACCGCCUGGACUUGCCUCUCUACGACUCGUUCGAGGACCUGCGGGAGAAGCUCCUCAUGGCCGUGGAGAACGCCCAGGGCUUCGAAGGGGUGGAUUAGCCCCGGGCCCUGGGGCCCUUCCAAGCACAUUCUGUUUUUCCCUGGGGGGAAAACCACCCCCGGGACUGUUUGGGGAGCGGCACCCGAGCCCCCCGGGUUGGGGACUGUGCCGACGGAUGACAUUUCAGCAGGACUUCACUCUAUUUAUGUCGUGCCUCUGCAAGGCAAAAGCCCUCAAUAAAUAUUUUACAUCCUUUCUAAUGGCAA